AUGGCUAGGCGGGCGAGUCAUCUACAUCACUCCAACCAGCUCUUGCAAACAUUCACUUCCCGUGGGCUGCAUACCACUCCUUGCGCCAGCCGCUUCCGCUUCCUAAUAUCACACUCGUUCCAGGGCAAACCUCCGGAACCAGAUGCCCCGCAACCAUCGUCUUCCAAAGCGGUGCCUCCGCGACCCAAGAAGCAGAUCGGUUGGCCCAACACGUCCGAGAUCGGCAAGUGGCGCGAGGCUCUACUAGGCGGAGGAGAAGCGGGAGAGGAUAGUCUCAUGGUGGCUACCAUUGAUGGAGCAGCAGCGGAGCAAGCCGGGGAUAUAGCGAUUGGUGUCGCCGACGGCGUUGGCAGCUGGAGUGAAAAUGGCGUUGAUCCGGCGCUCUUCUCUCAAUCCCUGAUGUAUCAUGCUUCUCAAGCCUUUGCAGCUGCCAGCGGUGCCGCCGAUCCGUCUGCGAACCCGGUUCGCCUCAUUUCAGACGCCUACGACCACGUCCUCGCUGAUCCGGGCGUACCAGCAGGCUCGUCUACCGCCGUCGUUGUUACCCUGGAAUCUGCCACCGGACUCUUGCGCUCCGCAAAUGUUGGAGACUCUGGCUUCGUCGUUCUUCGUGAAGGCGUGCGCGGCUCCGAGCCUCUUGCCGGAGCCCUGUACCGCUCCAGCCCUCAGCAGUACUACUUCAAUGCCCCCUAUCAGCUCUCCAAAAUUCCGGCCAAGGUCAUGGAGCAGUGGAAACGAGAGAAUGGUGGACAGUCUCCAAGCCUCGAAUGCAGACCUGACAUGGCAAAUCGCUGGGAGUGCAAUCUCAAGCAUGGAGACUUGGUGAUUGUGGCAAGCGACGGCGCAUGGGACAACGUGUGGGGCAAGGAAUGGGUAGCUUUGGUGCGCUUUCUGAGGGAGAAGCACCACGAGGCAUUCGAGUCACAGCGCCAACAGAACGAAAGUGCGGCAGCAUCGGUGUCUCCCGAUCUUCGAUGGAAAGAAGAGAAAACACUGGUCGAGGUCGUUGCAUACAACGCCCUUCAAUACACGCUGAUGUGCCAAUUCUCUGAGAAGAAGCGGAGCCCUUUCGAGGCCGAAGCCGAGAAAAGCCGACUUAGAUAUUCUGGGGGUAAAGUCGACGACAUCGCUAUCGUCGUUGCCAUGGUGGUGGAAGAAACAUAGGCACUGCACAUCUUGUAAUCAGACACAAUGCGUCCAACUUGUUGUACGACACCGUGAGCGCAGGGGGGUCGGAAUGAGGCGAGCACAGACCGACUGGAGCAGCUAGAGGCGAGCGAGCGAGUCAGCUCACUCCUACACUGCGCGGACUGCUGGAUCACUGCCAUCCGAACUUGUUAGGACCGGGCAUCGACUACCACGCCGAAGUAGGGAGAUGGACGCUCUUGCAAAGAGAAUCUUCGACUAAGUCCGAAGCUCGCACAUGGCGCUGCUGCCUUUCUUCCCUUGUCUCGUUGUCUGCCUCUGCAAUGGCCCAGCAGCGCUGACACCCCACGAGGGUCCUGCCCGGACUGCCGGCCUUCUCCCUAUCUUUAGGGCGCCAGUGGCAGGGC